GGUGGAUGGAAUGGGGAGUCUCCGCCUCACGCCCGGAGCCCUGCAUUGCCGAAAGCAGUGGCGAUGGCUGCGGGGUCCGUCACUCUCGGCAUCGACCUGGGCACCACGUCUGUGAAGGCCGCCUUGCUGGAGGCCGCGCCCGACGACCCAUCCGGGUUCGUGGUCCUGGCGAGCUGUGCCCGAGCUGCGCGGGCGGAGGUGGAGGUCGAGAGCGCGGCGGCCGGGCCGCAGGGGCGGGAGCAGGAUGUGAGGAGAAUUGUCCAAGCCCUCAAUGAGUGCCUGGCCGCCCUUCCCCGGGAGCAGCUCCGGAGAGUCGGGGGCGUCGGAGUGUCAGGACAGAUGCAUGGAGUCCUGUUUUGGAAAGCGGGCCAAGGCUGUGAAUGGACGGAGGGAGACACCGCUUCUGUGUUUGAGCCCCGAGCUGUGAGUCACCUGGUCACCUGGCAGGAUGGCCGGUGUAGCAGCAGCUUCCUGGCUUCUCUGCCCCAACCAGAGUCCCAUCUCAGUGUAGCCACCGGCUUCGGCUGUGCAACCAUCUUUUGGCUUUUGAAAAAUAGCCCAGAGCUCCUGAAGUCCUACGAUGCAGCUGGUACCAUCCAAGACUACGUGGUUGCCAUGCUGUGUGGCUUGCCAAGACCGCUGAUGUCCGACCAGAAUGCUGCUAGCUGGGGCUAUUUCAACACCCGCAGCCAGAGCUGGAACAUGGAGAUAUUGAAGGCCUCGGGUUUUCCCGUCCACCUGCUCCCAGACAUUGCCGAGCCUGGCACCGUGGCAGGAAGAACUUCCCGCGUGUGGUUUGAAAUCCCAAAGGGGACGCAGGUGGGAGUGGCCUUGGGUGAUUUGCAGGCCUCUGUCUAUUCCUGCAUGGCCCAAAGGACAGAUGCAGUUCUCAACAUCAGCACCUCGGUUCAGCUGGCCGCGUCCAUGCCUCCAGGAUUCCAGCCGGCGCAGACUGCGGACCCCUCGGCCCCAGUUGCCUACUUCCCCUACUUCCACAGCACCUACCUGGGGGUGGCUGCGUCCCUCAAUGGGGGCAAUGUUCUGGCCACGUUCGUGCACAUGCUGGUUCAGUGGAUGGCAGAUCUUGGCCUGGAGGUCGAAGAAUCCACUGUGUAUUCACGCAUGAUCGAGGCAGCUGCACAGCAGAGAGACACCUGCCUAACCAUCACCCCAACAGUGUUGGGAGAGAGGCACCUACCAGACCAGCUGGCCUCUGUGACCAGAAUCUCCUCCUCCGACCUCUCCCUGGGGCACGUGACCCGGGCCCUGUGCCGAGGCAUUGUUCAGAACCUGCUCUCCAUGCUUCCCUUUCAGCAGCUCGCAGAGUGGGGCGUGCAGCGGGUGAUGGGCAGCGGGAGUGCGCUGUCCAGGAACGAGGUGCUGAAGCAGGAGGUGCAGAGGGCUUUCCCGUUGCCCGUGUCCUUCGGGCAGGACGUGGACGCAGCUGUCGGGGCAGCUCUGGUCCUGCUCCGGAGACCCAUGAAGCAGAAGGAGCCCUAGGCAGCAAGCUCCUUGCCUACAGGACUGCUGCGAGUUUCACCUGCUUGGCAUUCCUGACACAGACUCUGGACUGUCUUUCCCUCGGGGCAGUUCUCUGGGGGGAACUUUGAAGUCACGAGGGUUCUUUAUCAAGUUCAAGAAAAACUGGAAUUAAAAGAUACUUUUAUUCUGGUGCAAAA